AUGUCCAAAACGCUUGUAGACGAUACGAUUCAUGAAAAAGUGCUUUCGUAUCUGUCUGACUAUGCCGCCAAAGGGCCCAAUAUGAUCUCUGUCUUUAUUACUUGGAACGUAUUAGAUAUCAUACAUGAUGUGAUCUUUCAAACUGAGCAAGAUUAUAGAAUUACAGCAUUAGUCAUAAAGUUUCUCGCCAGAUUGCUUGCCAACGAUGACAGACAGCAAGCGAGGCUGUACAGAAAACUGAGUGAGACGCAGAGAGGGAUACUGGAUUACAUAAUCAUUAACAUUUUUGCUAAGGAAGCAUUG